GAUAACAACUCAGUUUUAUUCUUUAUUCAUGGUGUUGGUGGCUCAUCAGAUAUUUGGAAAUCUCAGAUUGACUAUUUUAGAAAAUUGGGAUAUGAAAUCGUUGCUCCCGAUUUAAUAGGACAUGGUUUGAGUUGUGCACCAAAAGAUUUAAAGAGUUAUCAUUUUGACCAGAUUGCUGCUGAUAUAGAAGAGAUUUUUGAUAAAUAUUGUAAAAGAAACAAUGUUGUUAUUGGACAUUCCUAUGGAUGUUCCUUUGCAGCAUUUUUAGCCCGAAACAGAACGCGGAGAGUCACUAAGUUGGUAAUGAUAAGUGGUGGAGGACCAAUACCUCUAGCACCCCAAACUAAUGUAUUUUCUCUACCAGUCUCAAUAUUAUCCUGUCUCAGACCAUGUGUUCAGUGUAAAUAUGAAAGGAGCGCAUUUAGUCAAUCAAAGAAACCAGAUAAAUUAUCAUAUGAAGCAUUUUCAAUACCAACUUAUGUUUUAAGUAAUAUAAUGAAAGGUCAGAUUUGGUCAGAUGGUGAUGAGUUUUAUCACAACUGGAUAGUUAGUCCUACUUUGUUAAUUUAUGGUCAACAAGACAAACUGAUUACAUUGAGGGAAGAAGAAAGGAUGAGAGAGGCUAUAUAUAACUGUGAGUUGCAAGUUUUACCAGAAGCAGGACACAUGGUGAUGUUGGAAGAACCAGAAACUGUUAAUAAACUUCUCCACGAAUUUCUAUUGCAAGAU